UUGUAAACUGUCAAAUAAUUCGGCAUAUGUGUUUGGUAUUGCACGUGGGGCUCAAUCUUGUUUUUAAAUUAUUUGUUUGCGCUACAAGAAAAUAUUUAUUAAAUUUGUAGAAUUAUUUCAAUUAAAGUGUAGAAAAAUGCCACCAGUUAAGAAAGAAAAACCAAAAAAGAAAGUACAAACACCUAAUAAAAAAAAUGUGUCUGCAGAAAAUGCCGCUAUAUCUGUGCAACUUAACAAAAAACUGAAACAAAGGGAACAAAAAGAAAAGAAGCAACGUGGUGUUGUUUUUAUUAAACAUUUACCACAUGGUUUUUUUGAAGAGCAACUUAAAAACUACUUUGGUCAAUUUGGGAAUGUAACACGUUUGCGUUUGGCACGUUCAAAACGAUCAGGCGGUAGUAAGGGAUAUGCUUUUAUUGAAUUUGAAUUUCCUGAAGUUGCUCAAGUAGCUGCUGAAACAAUGGACAAUUACCUGAUGUUUCAGAAAAUUGUCAAGGCCCAGUACAUCCCACCAGAGAAGCAACGUUUUAAUUUUUUCAAAUCAACUGUUCGUCAAGUAAAGGAUAAGACUGGAAAAAAUAUUUAUGUCUCCUGUACCACGGCGAAUAUACGUCGUAAAGCUAAACAACAUAAUGAUUGGUCAGAUGUUAAUUAUCAAAAACGUACUGCAACAAAACUAAAAAAAAUUAAUAAAUUAAACAAAAAGUAUGCACAUUUGGGAAUCGACUUUUCAAAAAUUAUUGUUGGACCGAAAAUAAUCAAUGCCUCAGAUCAAACUACAAAUGAAUCCAAUGAAGAAAUAGAGAAAGUUGAGAAAGACAAAACAGCUGCUAGCAGCUCUAACUCCAAGCGAAAACUAACUGCAGAUAAUAAAAAAAUUGCUGAAAAAAUUAAAAAGCAAAAAAACGUAAAUGAAAGUUUAAAACUAGAGGACUUGUUAGGUAAUACGCUCAACGAUGAUUCCAACGACGAAGACUAUGUUGCCAAUGCAAAAGAUGAAGAUACAUCAGAUGAAGAUAGUUAUGGAUUUUUGGCAGAAGAUGAUAAUGAAAGUUUAAAAACCGAAGAUUUAUUAGGUAACACAUUAAAUGAUGAUUCAGACGAUGAGGACUAUGUUGCUAUUCAAAAAGACACAUCUCAUGAAAAUGAUGAUGAUGAUGAUGAUGAUAAUAAUAACAGUAGCGAUGAACUUAAUGAAAGUCAUGAACCGUUAGUUAAGCUUAAGAAAAACAAAAAAAAUGAAAAGCCUUUAGCAAAAUCUUUGAAAACAAAACGCACUGAUCCAUUUGAGCAGUUGAUUAAACGUAAACCACUAAGUGGUGGCAUAAAAAAAACUGGUAAAAAAAAUCGAAAAGCGCCAACAGUUCUUAAACCUAAAAAUAUGAAAAUGCUGAAAGCUGCUAAAGAACUGGCUAAGCCUUUGAAAACCAUUAAGAAUAAAAAAAUUAAAACAAAAAAUUUGUAAUAUAUUAGUUGUAAUUUAUUUAUAAAUAUGUCUUUUAUAAUCUGUUAUGAAAUUUCUCCUUUUAAUAAAUAAUCAUGUAAAUUUUAAUAAAUAUA